UCUAUUGCAUUGCAUUUGCAAUCGAAUGAGUGAUUUAAAUGACUGAAUGAAUGAAUGCUUUUGACUCUACAGUCAGUAAACAAAACAUUUUGAAUAUUGUAUUAAAAAAUCAAUUAUCAGUUGUGUUGUGAAUCAGCUGUUGUGGUGAUGAUCGCCACCAAACUCGAUGAGGAGGAUGUCAUGGAUUGAAAUCCAUUGAAAUAAGUCGAUUGUAUCGAUUAGGUUAGACAGACAGACAAACAAUGAUGGAUCAGACCAGCGAUACUAACGGCCAGUGCGCACAACAAGAGUCACCUGAAAAUGGUGUCCAACUAACAAGUGAUGAUCAUAUGAUGGUCACCGAUAACAACAGUACGACAACGGUGUCCACUACUACUACUACUACUACUACUACUAACAAAGACACUGUUGUUGUUGUCAGUGAUUGUUCAUCAACGACAAAGGAUCAGUUGAUGAACGAAGACCCAAGUCUUGUUGAUGUUGUCAUCGGUGAUCAUCAAUCGGUUAGCACUUCUUCAACUAACGGUGUGACAGCAGCUGCUGUUGUUGUUGUCGAUGACAGCCAAAGGCAGACAACAACAAAAACGACAACAAAAAUUGAUGAUUCAGACAACCCGCAAAAUGUUGCCACAGAUGGUGACAAUAAUCGGGACAACAAUAAUGUCGUCAGUAGUCAACAGUCAACUGCUGAUAACAUUGUCAUCACUGUUGCCAUUAAUAACACUAAUAGUGAUAAUACUGUUAAUAAAAAUGAUGACAACAAUGCCAGUGAUAAUCACAUGAAUAUCAACAAUAACAACGACGCCACCAAUGACUCCACCGAUUCCAGCGAAAAACUCUUCGGUAUCGAUGACGAUGACGACGAGGACAAUCUCUAUAGCUAUGACCCGACGCCAAGCACACCGUAUCCGACCGUCAAAUGGCAUUCACUACAACAGCUACAGCAUCGAGAAUACGGCAAAAUGAUUAGACCGGGAGCUAACCGUCCAAUCAAUUCAUACGAAACGCAAGCAUUUCGCCGAUAUGCCUACAAUUCGCUAUAUUUUUUUCAACGACUCGAACUGAUGGCCAAAUUUGAAGACCAUAAUGGUUGUGUCAAUUGUCUUAACUUUAACCCGUCGGGUGACCGACUUAUUUCCGGUAGCGAUGACCUGCGUAUAGCUAUCUGGGAUUGGCAAAAGUCACGGUUGGUUCAAAAAUAUCAUACAGGUCACUCAUCCAACGUAUUUCAGUGUCGUUGGUGCGCCGAUGGCCAUCACAUCGUAAGCUGCGCCCGCGACGGUCAGGUCAGAAUAUGUAACGUUCAUCGAAAUGGCACUACGGUGUCCAAUAAGUUAGCCCAACAUAAAGGUGCCGCACAUAAACUGUCGCUAACUGCGCCAAAUGUCAUACUGACCUGCGGUGAGGACAGUGUGGUCUUCGAGAUCGAUCUCAGAGAUAACAAACCAACGAAACUAUUAACUGUCAAGAAUGAUAACCAACAGCGCGUACGACUGUAUUCAAUACAUGCAAACCAAUUGUUCAAUCCGUUUCACUUUGCCGUCUCGGGAAUGGAUCCGUUUGUCCGCAUAUAUGACCGACGAUUUCUGCCAAAUCUCAAUACGAUAACCACUCCGGACAAACCAUUGCUUAAAUUAUGUCCCGAAAAGUUGACCGAAACAAAACAUUCGGUAACGUGUUGUCAGUUCAACUCGACCGGCGAUCGACUGUUGUCCACCUAUAACGACGAAGAUAUCUAUACGUUUGAUACGAAAACCGGUGCCGUCGAGCAUCAGUUUACCGGCCAUCGCAACAAUGCUACUGUUAAGGGCUGUUCGUGGUUUGGCGACCGGUUUGUCGUCAGCGGUAGCGAUGACGGCUACGUCUAUGGCUGGGAUGUGCAGACACAACAUAUCGUUAUGUCACUGUAUGCCGAUGAAAAUGGAGUCGUCAAUUGCAUAGAACCGCAUCCAACGGCACCGAUAAUGGCCACAUCGGGUCUCGACGAUGAUGUCAAAGUAUGGGUUCCGUCGGCUAACGAAUGGCCGCAAACUAUGAAAGGCAUUAAACAGCGUAUUUGCGUUAAUAUUAAAGAAAGACGACGAACACAGCGACGAUUUGAACGCCACGGCCAGGUCUUUGACCGCGUGGACGGAUCGAUAGACGCGGCUAUGCUUUACUCGAUCAUCAGUCAUAUGAGACGACGUAACCGACAUAUGAGACGCCGACAAAAUGAAACCAAUGGCGGCGACAACAACAACAACGAUGACAGUGAGGACAGCGAUAGUGACACCGACUCGGAAGAAGGUUCACCCGAAUGUAUCACUUCAUAGAUAGAUAGAUAGAGAGAGAGAGAGAAAGAGAGAGAGAUCCUUCAAAUUAAUCAAUCUAUCGAUCAUUUAUAUUGUGUUAUCAAUUAAUUAUUAUUAUUUUUUUUGAUAUAUUUAUUAUAUUUGGUUGA